AUGGCCGAUGAUGAGGGCGCUUCACCCCGCGAGUUGGUCGUGGAAGCCUGCCGGCGGGACCAGUCUCACCUGAUUGAGCAAGUUCUGGGCGAGAUGCAAGAGCAGACGAACGAGCAGGUGGCACAAUUCUUCAAUGAAGUUACCGAUUCUAUGGGGAACUAUGCGCUGCACAUUUGUGCCCAAUACGGAAGCUAUGAGACUAUGGACGCACUCUUCGAUAUUCAAUACUUCGAAUGCGACCCUCUCACCCGCUUGGACAAAGACACGCCAUUACACACUGCAGUCCGGUAUGCCAACGAGAAAGACUCUGAGCUGGGUGCACACAUGAUCAGUAUGAUGUGCGAGGCAGGCUGUGACCCUAGAGUGCGGAAUAAGCAUGGGCAGAAGCCAGCUGAUCUGGUCUACAACAACAAUGAGAUCAAGCAAACCCUUCAGCAGAACGAGUACAUCAUGGCUGAGGGUAUUCAAAACACCGGAGGCGCCGAGUCCGAUGGUGGGGAGCCCAGUGAUAGUGACUAA